AUGGCUAUUCGUAAGCCGUUUACCCCGAUCGUAUGCAUCGUAGACUUCCACCACGCCAGAGGCCCCGAAGUCGAGACUUGGAUAGGCGUCCCCGAUGGCACCGACCCGGCCGCCGACAACGAAUGGCCCCUCCUCCCCUUCAUGGCCCUAACCGACGGCGCGCACGCCUCCACCGAAGACUUCUCCUACUUCACGCUCCGCCACUCCGCCACGGCCGACAGUCCCGCGACCUCGCUGUUCGGCAUCUCGUGCACGCGCCAGUUAGAUGCGGCGAAGUUGAGAGUUAGACCUAAGGAUGUGACGAGAUCGACGGUGCAGAAGGCUGUUGUGGUCAUUUCGGAUAGUCCGCAGUUUUUUGGCAUGGUGAGGGAGAAGCUGGCGAGCGUGACGGCGGCGUGGUUUAGGCAGAGAGACUUUACGGAUCUGGAUAUUCUGCAGAGAUUUCAGGAGAGUCUUGCACAGAGCUUUCGUGAGCAGGUUGAUGAGAGGGACCAGUAUUUCGGACUAUCACUCCGCGAGCUCGUUCAUGAGUUCAAGUACCAAACGCUUGUGUUAUUCAAAUGCUGUCUCCUGCAGCCCAAAAUGCUCUUCUUCGGCUCCCACUGCGAGCGUCUCUGCAUGCUCCAAUUCUCACUAAUCUCCCUAAUCCCCGGCCUGAUAAGGAACCUCCACGACUGCGCCGAUCCUGUCCUCAACUCGUACGAGGAGUCACUGGUGAUGCCGACGUCUCUGCGUACCAGCGAGCGUGCCUCGCUGCUCUCGUACAUGGGGCUGCCGUUACAGAUUUUCGGCAAGGGCAGCCUGUUCGGGCCGUAUACGCCGCUGCAGCAGCUGGACCUGCUGGCGGACUAUGGGACGAAGAGUUAUGUGGUGGGCUCGACGAACUCGUUGCUGUUGCAGCAGAAGGAUCGGUAUAGUGAUAUUUUGAUCAACCUUGACGAGGAUACGGUACACAUCUCAUCACCAUCUCUCCGUUCAGCCCUAACACUCACAACCCCCGACCGCCGCUGGAUCGACUUCAUCACGCAGGCCGUGAACGAAACCUGGGACGAAUCCAACCCCAGCCGACCAAAAACCAUGGGCUACUCCGGUAGCGAAGAGUUCAUCCGCCUUCAGUUCGAAGAGUAUCUCCUCGCCCUCCUCUCCUCCAUCAAAUGCCGCCUCUACCUCCAAAAGCACCGGGACGACCCCAGAGCCGCAGUCGGCGGCAUAGAGGGCGAUCCUGCUCUCGAGUUCGGCACCGAGUGGAUCGACGCGUGGAUGAAGACAGAGAAUUUCCGCCUCUUCGACAAGUUCACGGAUUCGCAUCUCUUCGACAUCGUCCCGCCUAGCCAUCCCUGCUCCGGUGGCCUGACGAUCGAGGACGUGCAGAGAAGGCUGGCGCAGCAGGUGGCCGAGUUGCACCUUGACGAACGCUUCCAGGUUGGCCGUGAGGUUGUGGGAAAGCAUCUCGUUACGGGGCAAAAGAAGGUCUCGACGGCGUUCAAUAAUCUAUGGGCGGACAUUGAGGCGAUGCGGGAAGCGCAGCGCAGUAAGCACGAGGAGGCUAGGGCCGCGGCUGCGGCUGCGGGGAUGUCGCCGCCGACAUCGCCGAGUGACAAGGCGCCGAUGGGGGGUGUGAGGUUCCCCAAAGCACCGGAUCUAUCCCAUGCCCAAGCUUCAGUCCAGGCGGCUUCGUCUCGUGCUGGCGCCUACCUGUCGUCGUGGGGAAUGUGGGCGUCGGAGAAGCGUAAGACGGGGUGGGGCAAGGCUCCGAACUCGUCGGCGCCUUCUACAGCUACGGAAGAUGACAAGCGCGCUCCGCCUUUACCGCUGAGACUGAGCGAGAGGACCGCGCCUGCGAGGGAGAAGGACAGAGCUGCUGGUGAGCCUACGUGA